AUGCUUGCAGUGAAUGAAGUAUGCCGCUCAUUUUCAUGGGCGCUCAUUCGAAGCGAGAGAGUGACGGAUGGUGGAGCUUUUGAGAAUCGAGAGAGAGACGGUCAGGAGGGCGAACAGGUCCAAGCCCCGCGUGAAGUUGUGGCUGAGAAACGCGAGUCAGCAGAGGACCAGCAACCCGAGCUAGCUGAGGCUCAACAAUCUGAGCCGGUCGAGGCAUUUCCGGUCUUCAACGUCCCUUCAUCAACUAACGGACUUUUGCGCACACAGUUUGAUACUCUGAGGAUGCACAGUGAGCUGCUUGAAGACAUCAAGGCCAAGUUGGUUGAGCACUUAGAAUUUGAUCGUGAGGCGAAGGACAAGGGCGAGCUUAAGAGAGAGAAGUGUCGACCCUUGGUCCAUUCAAG